UAGGUGUAAUAUUGAUAAACUGCCAUUGCAAUAGAGACAAAUCAAUCCAAAACCUUAUAACAUAAAACGUUAUAUUACAUUUUCUCCCAUUCUCAGUCGACACAAAUUAAUAUUCGAUUCCAUAACCAAAACAAAGAGAAGAAAAAGUAAAAAUGGAGCGAGGUAAAACGACUUCAGAUUCUGUCGUGACGGAAUUUGAAGGGACAAUGCUGCGGAAUGCAGAUCCAUUCUCUUACUUCAUGCUCGUUGCCUUCGAAGCAUGUGGUCUAAUUCGUUUCGCCAUCUUGCUGUUUCUUUGGCCCGUAAUCACACUCCUUGAUGUUUUCAGCUACAAGAACGCCUCUAUCAAGCUCAUGACUUUUGUAGGCACGGUUGGUUUACGCGAAUUGGAGAUUCAAUCGGUGGCUAGAGCCGUCCUGCCUAAGUUCUACAUGGAUGACGUAAGCAUGGACACUUGGAAGGUUUACAGCUCGUGCAAGAAGAAGGUCGUGGUGACGAGAAUGCCUCGAGUUAUGGUGGAGAUGUUUGCAAAGGAGCAUCUUAGAGCGGAUGAGGUCAUCGGUUCAGAGCUGAUCAUUAACCGGUUCGGUUUUGUAACUGGUUUGAUACGUGAAACUGAUAUCGAUCAAUCUGUUUUGAGCCGUGUUGCUGAUUUGUAUGGUGAUAGAAAGCCUCAGAUAGGUCUUGCAAGACCACCGCGCAAGACAAUUUCUACAACUUUCUUAUCUUUAUGUGAGGAUCAUAUUCAUGCACCAAUACCAGAGAACUACAACCACCGUAACAAACAAUUUGAGCUACGGCCACUUCCGGUAAUCUUCCACGACGGACGCCUUGUCAAGCGGCCAACUCCACCCACCGCACUCCUCAUCCUCACAUGGAUCCCAUUAGGAAUCAUUCUCGCCGCCAUCCGGAUCUUUCUUGGAUCCGUCCUCCCAUUAUGGGCCACACCGUACGUCUCCAAGAUAUUCGGCGGCCAGGUCAUCGUCAAAGGCAAGCCUCCUCAGGCACCAACGGCAGGAAACUCCGGUGUUCUCUUCGUGUGCACUCACAGAACCCUAAUGGACCCGGUGGUAUUAUCCUAUGUGCUCGGACGCAGCGUCCCGGCCGUUACUUACUCGAUCUCACGCUUAUCCGAGAUAUUAUCUCCCAUUCCAACCGUUAGAUUGACAAGAGUCCGAGAUGUAGACGCAGCAAAGAUCAAACAACAACUGUCUGAAGGCGAUCUAGUGGUUUGUCCUGAGGGAACCACUUGUCGUGAACCGUUCUUGCUAAGAUUUAGCGGGCUUUUCGCUGAGUUAACGGAUAGGAUUGUUCCCGUUGCUAUGAAUUAUAGAGUUGGGUUCUUCCACGCGACCACAGCGAGAGGCUGGAAAGGUUUAGACCCGAUUUUCUUCUUCAUGAACCCGAGACCGGUUUACGAGGUUACUUUCUUGAACCAGCUUCCGGUUGAGGCUACGUGUUCCUCAGGGAAGAGUCCGCAUGACGUGGCGAAUUAUGUUCAGAGGAUCUUAGCGGCUGCGUUAGGGUUCGAAUGCACUAACUUCACGAGGAGAGAUAAGUAUAGGGUCCUUGCUGGAAACGAUGGAACGGUUUCGUAUUUAUCGUUUCUUGACCAGUUGAAGAAGGUGCUAUGAACUAUCUUCCCGUAACUGUUGAAGAAAUGUUUGGGGAUGAAUAUGCAUAGAAACCAUAUAACCGUAACAUUUUAUCAUCUCUUUGCUCUGAUGGAAGUCGGGAGCUCAACUAGAGCGAGAUGUCCAAUCUUUCGUUUAGUAUGACAUUGUAAGCUUUAAGAUUGGACCUUCACAUAUUUAUUUUUAGAAUCCGUUACUUCUCAAAAUGUGUCAUACUAGAUAAAAUUAAACCAAAUAUAUGUUAAAAUUUUCUUUGGUCUAAUAUCAAGUUAGGACCUAAAUUGUUUAUUUACUAUAUCAAUUUUCUCCUCAAACUAAGGAUCACUAGUGAACCUUGACUCUGUUACCAAUUUAUUAUGAUGAAUCAUAUAUAUAUACCAUCAUGGGCAAGAUGUUCUAUUAGAGCAUACCAGAUGCCAAUACUGAAGCUUAAAUGCUCAGCUAGAACUAGAUGUCUAAUUCUCACUUAAUAUGAUAUUGUUCGCACAGAUUUUUUCUUGGAUCAGUUGCUUUCCAACAUGCUUUUUAAUAAAUAGAACUGGAUCAUAUAUAUAUAUGUGUGUGUGUGUUAGAUUUUUUGAGUUUGAUAUCUGAUGUGAAACUUGAAUUGCUUAUUUACUUUUUAACAUUUAUCUUCAUCUUUUGGUUGUCAUGCUUGCUUCAGAGCUGUAGCACAUACAUGAGUUGAAUAAUCCGAGUCUUACUUAUAGAUUCACCUAUAAAUAGCAUUCAAAUGGUUUAAAUAAGAUCCGCAAUUAUCUUCUUUUUGUAUAAAACAUCAUUUUUCUGUGAAGUGGCAAAAGUGAAGUAACAACAGGCUAUAUAAGUAGCAAAUGCAUGAAAAAGGUUAGAGUCGUCGGUCGCAUGAUUCGCCA